GCGGGUAUCGCAGGAACGAGUGCAUUGUCUAGUUUGUCCCCCUGAUGUCACUUGUGCUUGGUUACAAUCACGUAUUCACAGUUGUUGUAAAAUGGCUACGCCACAGCACAAAAGCUUUUGUAUUCUUGAGCUUGCGAAGUGUAAUUCCGUGAUUACAGUGCAAAGACAUUUCCGGUUGAGGUACGAAAUUGAUCCUCCGAAUCAAUGGAACAUUCGCAAAUGGUACCAUCAGUUUGUUGACACAGGUUGUGUAUGUAAAGGAAAGAGUCCUGACCGACCUCGUGUAUCUGAAAAAAAUGUUGCACGGAUUCAAGCUGCUUACCAACGUAGCCCUUCAAAAUCAACACGUCGUGCCAGUCGGGAAUUGCAGCUGCCUAAAACAACAGUUUGGCGUGUUUUGAGACGCAGGUUAGUUAUAAAGCCGUACAGAUUACAGCUGUUACAGGCUCUGAAUAAUGAUGACAAACAUAAACGUGUGAAAUUUAGUGGCCAGAUUCAGGAUGUUAUUGACAACGAUAACAAUUUCUCAGAAUGGAUCUUGUUCAGUGAUGAUGCAUGUUUUCACCUUAGUGGGAAGGUGAACAAACAGAAUCUUAGAAUUUGGAGCCUACAGAACCCACAUGCGCAAAACGAUCAUUUUUGAAAUUCACCUAAAGUGAAUGUGUUUUGUGCUAUAUCCUGCUCAUCUGUUUACGGCCCUUUUUUUUCUUUGAUGGAAACACGGUUAAUCGUUUGCAAUAUCUUCAU